CAAGCUGCGGGCGGCUGCGCGCUGGACGCUCCUGAUGACGUAGAUGUUGUGAGCCGCACGUGGUGCAGUUUGUCGCCCACAUAGUAGCCAUGGAGGCGGCGGGGGAGCUCAGAUGGGAUAUUGAACCUUGCAAUGGCAGAAGCUGUUUCUUCACAAGUGAGUCUUAUGAGAAAUAUUCCUUGGGUCCAACAUUGGCUGAACUGUUGCUCCUCUCCAACAAACCAGCUCCAGCAGAGCCUACGCAAAAAGAUUCAGAGGCUUCAUGUUCCAAAGCUCCGGUCCCUGACAGUCAGUCACCUGUUGCCGCUCAUCCUACCAAGAACAUUCUACCGUUUCCAGAACCUCGAGUGCCAUACCCACGAUUCUCAUCCCUCACUGCGUUUGAACAGGAUGCCUACGUGAAACUGAUGAUCAGAUUCUUAAACAAAAAGAAUACCUAUAUCUCUUUUCCGCAUAUGAAGGAAUAUAACCAUUACCAGUUUUUGAAAUCAAAAUCAAGCAGUGAAGUUCCAGAGUUUCAGAAAUUUCUCCAGAAUACAGCUCGGAGUUGUGCUGAGGACUACAGUGUGCUUUGUGCAGAUGCUAAACUCUAUAUUCAGGAGCUGGUAAAAGCAUGCCAAACUCAUGUGAAGAAUUACAAUCCUUUUUAUACUGUCCAUGAGAUCACCAGCAUUUUGGGUGGGAAGUUUAUACCAGACUUAACCUUAAAGCUAGAGAAGAGCCUUCUCAAAAUGGGAUCUGUGAAAUUUGUGAAAAUUACAUUUCCAUCUGAUGGUAUUCCCAUGCCAACCUCCUAUAAAAAGGUGUCUCAGAUGACUCCUCCAGUGAAGAAGGCUAAUCGUGUACAUACGAAUGUAAGCUUAGAUCCGAACAUUUCUAAACUGGCCCCAAAGUACUGUCCACAGGUUGUGCUGACUUCCCAAGCCCUGUUUACCCUUCUUAACAACCAUGCUCCCGGUUACAUUGAACAAUGGGAGAUUCCUCUGUGUGUGAAGACUAUUGAUAGUAUAGAUGGUAAACAAUGUAAAGUAGUGUACAUAGAUUCCCCGUUGCCCAAGAAAGAACUGAGCACAAGAGACAAAAGCCAAAUGUUUCACAGUGUUGUUUUGGAUAAUUUUAUGGUGAAAAAUUCGAUGAUUCCUUUGAAAACUACUACUCUGGAUAAAGAGAGUUCAGAUUCCCAUGUUGAAGGACAUAAGGCAAGUAGGAGUUUGCCACAUGGGGAUAAGGAAAUGGAUUUUCUGACUGACGUGACAGAACUGGAAACUUUUGGAUCUGUUGAUAUGGGUGCAAGCUCAAAUACACCUUUAUCUGAAUCCAGUCCCCCAGAGUCCCCUCAAUGCUCUCUGAAAAAUUCUCUGCUUGACAGAAUGAAAAUUGAAAAACAAAUCAUCGCCGCCACCACCUCUGCUAAGCUUGGUUUCAGUUCAGAUGAAGUCAGCCAUGUGAAGAAAAAAAAAGUGAGCAAUGAAGAGGAGUCGGAUAUAAGUAUUGAAUCUGACAACAAGUUAAGAACAAGUUCUGCAUCAAGUACUGGCGCUCAACCCACCACCAGCAAUGACAGUGACUCAGAUGAUGACAAACUUGUGAUUGACAUUGACUGUAAAAUGAGCAAGUGCGGUAACGCACCUUCUGCAGAUUCUACUCCAACUGCCCCUAGGCAGAGAAAGAGGAAGAUUUCUAAAGAUGUUGAUCCAUUGGGGCAGAUUCUGAAGAUGCAAACACAGCUUCUAAAAACAGACACAAAGAAGAUGGAACAGACAAGCUCACUUAAUGUUGAGAAAAGUGAACUAACACCUCAUGCACAACAGGUUCUCUCAAGUUCAUGCCUGGAGUCUCAGAAGAAGGUGGAAGCUAGUCACUCAAGUAAUAACAAAUACAAGCUUCCCAGUGACCUUAUGGCCUUGCAAGAGGAUGCAGCAGAGUAUGCAGUGGAACCAGAAGAAAACUGUGCAUAUAAACUGUUCAGUCUGGAUGAUAUGCUGUUGCUGCUUAGGAGCAAUGUGCACACUAUAAAGACACGUUCCCUUAAAAAGCCAUUCAAACUGCAAAUCCCAGUUUUUGUGCUCACCAAGGUGGAUUACCAGUCAUGCUAUGGUGUGGAGUCGCUAACAGAGAGCGAGCUAUGUCGAUUGUGGACUGAAAGCCUUGCACAUUCUAUGUGUGAACUGUAUGUUGGACACGUUGAUGCUUUAACCUCUAAAUUCUUCAUGCUAGAGGAAAUUGCUGUUGAAAAUGUGAAGGAAAGCAUGAAUACUUUCAAAUCUGUCAACUGCCUCAACUCUCUUCGUCAUAUCUUAAAGUGGGUGACUGGUCUACAGGAUGGAUCCUAUCUCUUGAGCCAUGUGUCUGGAGACUCCUCUGUCUACUUGUAUAAAAAUACCCCGGAUAACAUAAGAGGAGCCUAUAACCUGCAUGAGGCCCACUGCAAUGCUCCUAAAGAACCGUCCUCUCUGUCUGUUCCCUGGGUGCCUCUGAAUCCCAAUCUGUUGUUGAAGUUUCACAUUCAGCAUGGUCGUCCACCUUGCACUUUUCCACCUGCACCAGAGAAGGAUACAGGAAUAAAUAAACUAAACCAACCAAGAAAAGCUCCCUGCCAAGAAAAGACUGAUGUUUUGCCAGCUACCAGUGCAUCUAACAAUAAUAACACACAGAAUAGAAAAAACAGACGACAACGGCAGAAAGCGAAAAAGAAGGCACAGAAAGCUAAAGCUACAUUGCAAGAGAACACUUGAGUGUGGUGUAUAUAACUGCACAACUGUAUAUUAGGUGGAUGCAGCAUGGCUACUUAUCCACAGACUACACAAGGUCGUGUGUAAGAAGAGUCUAUAGAGGUCUAAAAAGGUAAUUCAAAUAUAUAGAGAGUCUUCCUGAUGUCCUGUCUGUAUAAUGCAUUGUGAAGUGCCCAUUUACAAGCCUUAUAUGUGAAGCAAAAGAAUAAUACCUUGCACAAAGUGGAUACAACCUGGCUUGAUAACAAAUGCUAAAAAAAAGUAAUGCUGGAAGAAUAAAGAAUAUCUCUACCUCUUUAAUUAAUAAGACAACGAUAUUGAUGUUUCUAAUACAACAAUGCAGAGGCUAUCCUGUAGGAAAUGAACAUGAGUUUGUAAUAUAACGUCCAAUGUUAUUUUAGCACCAUUAGCCCACUAUUAACGUUUCACCAAUCCAUUAUAUGAAAAAUAAAACAAUCGGAUUCUCUGCUCCACUUAUUCUGGUUCUGUGCUUCGCUUCCUUUGGUAUUGCAUGGUAUUACAUCAGAAGGGACAUGUCCAGAGGUCCGGGGGACUGCCCUUCAAGACAGCAUUUAUAGGCUAUAUAACAAACAAUUACACAUAUAUAAUGAUAGCAUUUAGUAUGUUAGACAGUUUUCCAUACAUGAUAAUACUGUAUACCUAAAUAAAGUAAUCAUACAGGAGCAUAUAAUAGAUUGG